AUGGCGGCCAUCAAUCGGAAUAUGUUUGAGGCCGGCAUCACCACGGACUUGCCCCGUGGUGCUUCGCUGAUGGUCUUGCCGCUGAACUUGAUCGCCCAGAUUGUGACCAAUGUCGAUGACACCGCUGACCUUGCUCGAUUAUGCCGGACAUGUCGCGUCCUUAAUUAUAUGGCCCUACCGCAGCUCUAUAGCAGCUUGACCCUCACCUCCUACGACAAAAUCCGAUAUCGUGGCGAGCAACCGGAGGGCAUCGGCAGCGCAAGCCCUUUCACCAUGGGGCUCAACGCGGUCAUAACCCGGCCUUAUGCGACUCUUGUGCGAUCAAUAACUCUGCGCGGCGACUGGAAGGAAAGUGAAUUAGAGGAACACGCGCAAGUGGGGCGAGUGCCGGACUCAUCGAUGCUGCUGAAUAUUGCGGUGCGGGCAGCAGUGGAUCGCAUGACCAAUUUGGAAAGCUUCAGUUGGGAACUCAAUACAAAAAUGCUGGAUACUGUAUAUACGGGGUUGACCCAGCUACCCCGACUCAAAUCGUUAACGGUCCGGUUCCCCUCCACCCGCCAUCCACAGCCCACAUUCGUGCUUCCGGGCAUGCCGCACCUGCAGUGCCUAAAAAUCACCGAUAUCGACCCUCUCUGUUAUCCCGAUGACAUUGCGACCAUAUUGCUGAAGAGUAAGAAGCUCCGCGAGCUUAAGCUCCACUGGUCACCCCGCAUGCGAAUUGCGCAGGAACCCAGCGUCUCCCUCCACGAUUAUUUCCGAAAAUGUAUAGCCGCCAAACAACCUCUGUCGGUAAAAAAGCUAUGCUUCCAGAAUAUGUAUGCAUUCCACAGUGAGGAUUUUAAUAUCGCCUUCAAUCCUACCACUGUCGAAGAGGUCGUGUUUCUGAGUGGGACGGACAACCUCGGACUGGUCAACACAUUUGUCGAGAAUAGCUGGCCGACAGCGGUGCCGCAUAAAAAGCUCAAGAUCAAAUCCAUGCGAAUGGAUGCAAUUUCAAAACGCAACUCGGAAUUCCUUGGGAAUUUCAGGGGCCUUGAGCGGUUAUACUUUGUCAACGUCACCGCGGACUCGCCCGACUGUCUGAAUUCACCUCGGCCACACGCAGGAUCAAAUCUUACCGCCCUUACACCUCCAGUCUCAGAGUAUCCGAACGGGACAACAGUCAACUCCCCAACCACAGCGGCAUCGCCGGCCAGUCAGCUGAACAUGGCGCUUGGUGUACGCGAUCUCUACAUGGCAAACAUCACAAUGAACCAUGGUGCAAGCUUGCGCCAUCUGCUUCUAUCCUCGAAAUGGCCUCUUUCCACCGCCAUGAUAGCUCGCCUCGUCCAUAGCUGUCCGAAUCUGGAACAGUUGGCCAUUGCAACAGAAUUCUCAAGCAUGGACUCCCUUGGGAUGCUAGUCCCAUUCCUUCGAAAUCUGGUGGCGCUCCGGCUUUUAAUCCCAGCGGGCUCUCCGCCGCCUCAAAACGGCAUGACAGGCAAUAGCGCACCCCGAGGCCAACCAGCAAACACCGCGGAAAACCCGACUAGAAAAACUAAGGAGCUCAGCUGGACAGAAGGAUCUGUUGCAUGGACUAAGGAAAUCGAGGAAGCAAUGCUCAAUGCACGUGGUCUGGUUGAUUUGGUUGAGCUGGAUGACGAGCUCCUCACGCAAAUUAUGAGCUAUGAUCUCGCGGAUAAGAACGUUUUUGGAAACGUCAAGAUUGUUGGAAUGGGCUGGAAAGCCUUCGAGCUACGCGGUUUCUACAAAGAACCCAUUCCAUCUCGUGAGGAGUCUGGUACACAAUCACCGGCUGUUGGCCGUAGUGAGCCCGAGGGCGAAAUAUCUAUCAACGGGACCAACAGCGCAGGCGGUGAUUUCGGCACCCCCAAACAAGCUGGCGAUUCAAAACCGACAACUCCUAUCCUUCCAUCCAAUAGAAUUGAUACUACCCGCACGCCACACUCCGUCCCUCUCACCUCUUGGUCCACACCAGGACCCAACCCAACAUCGACAUUAGGGAAACGAAACCGGGACGAUGAUUGUGAAAGCGGCGCACGGCAGUCUCCCUUUGAUUUCCGAGAGGAAACGGGCACCCGAUCAUCAUCUAUCACCAAAAGCGGCUGCUUCCCACCCAUAAUGACCGACGACGGCCAAAUCAUGAGGCGAGGCAUGCGGCGGGUUGGUUGGGAAGUCCUUCAACACUGGGAGAUCUGGGCGCUGGAUGCGCAGGAAAUAUAA